CAUAUGCAUUAAUGCAUGACUUAAAUAGUUUGCAUCCAUGACCUAGCUAUAAUAAGGACCAAGAAAGGAGAGUGAAGCAGGUGAGGGAAAAAAAAGAGUUAUCAUCUCUCUCAGCUUUUCUCUUUCAUUUCUGGCCUUUCCUGCAACAAUUUUUGCACUUUGUUUUCAUACCUCCCCAACUAAUAUUAUCAAGAAGAAAGCAGAUCCAAGGAGGGAGUGGGUAGUUUAGUUUGGUAGUUGAAACUGUCAAAACAUCAAUCAAUCAAAUCAAUCAAACAGCAGCAACAGCCAAUAUAUCAGUUUGCAAAAUAGUAGGAAAUAGAGUAUCAUGUCCUCUUCAACUCCUAAUUCUACCUUGUCAUUGGACCACUUACCUCCUUCCGAGCAGCUCUGCUAUGUCCAUUGCAACAUCUGUGACACUGUCCUCGCGGUAAGUGUUCCGUGCACAAGUUUGUUCAAGACUGUGACGGUUCGAUGUGGCCACUGUACUAAUCUUUUGCCGGGAUUGCUUUUGCCUUCAGCUAACCAUCAUUUUGGUCACACUUACUUCUCUCCUUCCCACAAUCUUCUGGAAGAAAUUACCAACGCAACCCCAACUUUCUUGAUGAAUCAGAGUAACUCUACUGAUUUUGUCCUACCUACUCGACCUGGAUUUGAUGAUCUUCCUAGACCACCCGUCAUUAACAGACCCCCUGAGAAGAGACAGCGAGUCCCCUCUGCUUACAACCGAUUCAUCAAGGAAGAGAUCCAACGCAUAAAAGCAGGGAAUCCUGACAUUAGCCACAGAGAAGCUUUUAGCACCGCUGCAAAAAAUUGGGCCCACUUUCCACACAUUCAAUUUGGUCUCGUGCCUGAUCAGACUGUUAAGAGAGCUAAUGUCCGCCAACAGGAUGGAGAAGAUGUUCUUAUGAAAGAUGGUUUGUUUACUUCAACCAACGUUAGUGUCUCACCUUACUGAUAUCAGAAUCAAAAGGGAACAUGUUUUGAGAUGCAGAAGCUAUUCCUAUAGCAGCUAGAACCAAGUCUAACCCUUUGGUUUCUUUUUAGCCUACCAAUUAAUGUGACUCUCUACUAGUGAGUUGAAUGUGUAUUUCUAGACUUUCUUCUUUUAUCUUUUUGUUGAAGUGUACUUAUGACUUCAAUGUCUCAACUUGCUUGAACAGUAUGUUAUUUCCUUCUUACUAAUGACUUUUUGCUUUUGCACUA